AUGUCCUUUGGGCACGCAGGGGGUCAACUUGGGUCGAUUCAAGAGUCGGGGCAGUCAGAUACACCUACGUCUUCUCCGGAAUCUCCUCCUUUCCAAUACGACUUUGACGGACAGCAGAACUCUGCUCGAGAUGGAGAGGGCGAAAGCGACGACGACGAAUUUGUGUACCCUGGGUCGUCCACAGAUCACACGACCGAAUCCAUACCAGUGGCGCGGACAGUGUCAAAUACCCAGUCCGAGCCUUCGCCAGCUCAGCUGGAGGCUUUGUAUGCUUCAGCUUCCUCGGGAGAUCUCCCUCUCCUCCAACGGCUGUUUCAGAGCGCACUAGAAACGGGAGACGUCCAGCCAUUCAAUCUAGCGAAUCACGCAUCAACUAGGACGGGUUCCACCGCACUCCAUGCUGCUGCAAGUCGCGGUUAUCUUGAUAUUGUUCAAUGGCUCGUUGAACAUUGCGGAGCUAUGCCAGACUUGGAGGACAAGGAGGGAGAGACGGCAUUACACAAAGCAGCAUUAAAUGGUCACCUUUCCAUAGUGUCUUAUUUACUUCCGUCGAAGGCCGACGUUCACGCACGCGACGCAGACGGCUGGACUGCUCUGCACAACGCGUGUUCUAAGGGCUACCUUGACAUCGUACGGUGGCUUUGCGAGGACGGUGGUGCGUCAUCAGAAGUCGAUGGUGCGAGGGGAAUCGACGUACGAAGUAAAGGUGGCUGGACGCCACUGAUGAAUGCGGCGUCGAAGGGCCAUCUACCAGUGGUUCUGUAUUUGCUGAACAAACAGUCAGCCAAUCCCUUGAUAAGAAACAAUUGGGGUGAAUCAGCAUAUGACAUCGCUGGGGCCGUUUUCGAGAUUUGGAUAUGCGAGGUCCUUCAAAGGGCCGAACUUGACAGGUGGCGCAAUACUACGGUUCCGUAUAACCCAUUAUUGGUCCAUGUUACUGUCCCCAUCGUUAUAUACGAGAACCAAAGGUUGGACGCUCGAUUGAAGACACUAGCGGUCUCUGGUGGGCGACCCAAGUUUUCCGCUUCUGGCCUAGGGAAACAAGGCCGACAUGCCCCCUUCGAACUUAGACUAUUAAAAGCGGACGAGACAGGUGCAACGACCGUCCCGUCGUGGCGAAGCGAUGUCAAACUGCCUUCUCGAGAGGAUCCGUGGACCUUGCCAAAAGGUGGUCACCAAGAUCGAUCUGCAAAUGACGGCUCCGAAAGAAGUCAUUUCUGGCUUUCUGACUGGACAUUAGACAUCACCCACCCUGGCGUGGAUGCCGAGGAAGGCUGGCAGUACGCGCAUCAUUUCAACGAUCCAGACGAACAAUGGACUGCCGAAAAGCCUGCGCCUUUGGAGAGACUUUUGACGGGUAGCGCGAGUGGACCAUCAACUCCAGCACCAAAUCGUGCCGGAAGUGGGAGUCGGACACCUCAAACUUGGGUGCGGCGAAGACGAUGGGUGCGGGUGAUGCGUCGUCGCCUCGAUAUACCGCCAUUGCCAUUCCUGGAACCUGACGGCUUGAUGUAUGACCUGAGUGCAGAAGGGACGCUGGUUCCGCACGUGUCGCACAGUAGCAACGAUUUCGGUGAUGAUGGUGAUGGGCAAGAAUUAUCUGCCUUGCCUGCUUCAUUUUUAUCUCACUCAAGAGAUUACGUCGCUCGUGCAAGAUAUUUAGUUGGUUCUCAGCUACCGGAUCCCGACCCAUCCCUGGCGUCUGCUGUGGAGAUACGGCGAGCAAUAGCCACAUUAGAACGAGCUACGACCGAAUUAAGGCAAGGCGUGUUGAACGACACCGAUGACGAGCGCAAGACACAGGCAGAGGUGCUAUUGCAUGCUUUGAACAGAGAUCUGGAGAGAAGACGACUGGCUGCGGGCGCCAACGGUCUUCUGAUAUCUCACGAGGAUGACGACCACGACGGUCGUGAUGAUGACGGUAGCUCGGAUGAAGAGGAGUUCCACUAUCCUGGGGUAUCCCCUUUGGACACUCUGAGAUCUCCGUCGAGGUCUUCCAACUCGACCGACUACUUCAAUCAGCCCGGCGUUUCUCGCAUGUCCACCGAUCUUACUCCCCAGCUGUCCCAAGCACCAGACUUCCGCGUGCCCACUCACGAAACUCCUCAGAAGGUACUCGUCCCGAGAUGGACUGCUCCCACGCCCCAUCAGGUCCACGCACAAUGGGAGCGCGAUGCGGAUGUCAACGAAUGUCGAGCCUGCCAACGCCGCUUCAAUUUCCUCAACCGUCGGCAUUGUCGCCGCUGUGGCAGGAUAUUCUGCGACCGCUGUUCCAGCUUCAGAGCCUUACUGGAUCCAUCCGACAUAGUCCAUGACCCGAUGCUGCCUGAUCUAGUCUCCUCGUCGAGCUCGCAAAGGGUCUGCCAAAACUGCAAUGAUGUGGUCAGCGCCAGCGUACCAGGUGGCCUGCAUGCUUCAAGAACUUCCACGAUAGAAAGGAUUGUAGUCGAGCAGACCAUGCUCGCCAUCCCGAGUCAUAUGUCAAGAAAUGAUUCCAGCUCCCAGAUAAGCGACCUUGCUGAUUGCCCCGUUUGUGGUCAGAACCUCGCCGAUCUUGGGAAUCCUUCUGAUCAAGAAGCCCAUGUCAAAUUCUGUCUGGAGGGUGGUUCUGGGGCCGCAGCCCACCCCGCCAGGUAUCUAGUGUACAGACUCCCUGCGGAAAGCGUGCUUAUUGGUGUCGAAUGUGUAAUAUGCUUGGAGGAAUUCCUCAAAGGGUCUGAGAUCGCACGUUUAAGUUGCCUGUGCAGCUUUCAUAACGCGUGCUUGUCGUCGUGGCUUCAAAGGGGACGAAACUGCCCCGUGCAUGCACGCUGA